UCUCUCUCUCUCUCCAAAUUGCUUUUGAUUAAAGAACGGAAGAGUUUGUUAAACAAAGACGUGGGAAAGGAACACGUUCUAAGUCCAAAAGGGAUCCACCGGACUGACCGGAGAAUCUUCCUCCUUCUUUCUUUCUCUUUUCUUGUCAUCGCGGCGGUGGCGGUGACGGUGGCGUUUAUGUUUUAUAUGGGUGCUGGUUUUGGAAGAGAGAGACAAAUACUCCAUACCAAGGAAAAGGAAAAGCAAAAUGGCUUACCGGAGAAGGCACGGCAUUUCGAGAGCAUCCACCUUCAAGGAAGAGUUUCAUCACCCGCCUGACGACGAUCAUAAUUUACCCGAUUCAUCCUCCUCUUCUCUUGCCGCUCAGGCUAUUCGAGCCUCCGCUGCUCAUCGAGAAUCCUCUCUCUCCUCCGCCUACGCAGACUCUGUUCAUCACCCCUAUCCUUCCAAGAGCUUUCCUGCCUUUCCUGCCUAUGGGGAUGCAUCAACAAAAAGUGAGUCCAAAUCUGGAUUUUGGGGUGUUCUGGCUCGAAAAGCUAAAGCAAUUCUGGAGGAUGAUGCCAUGUCCCAGCAAGAUAAUGUGCCUGACCGAAUGAGAGCGCCGGGCUUUAAUACCUCAACAGGUGGCCAGCAAUCAUAUCCAGCACCUGAGAACUUCAGAAAAAUGGACAAUCCUAAAUUACGGAAGGGUUUGGAUGCAAUCACAUCUUCCCUUAAUCACAUUGGUGACACUUUUGAAAAGGCGUUUGAGGAAGGUCGCAUGAUAGUGGAAAAUAAGACAGCAGACAUCAUCCAAGAAACCCGAAAACUGCAAAUUAAGCGGAGAGGAGACAAUUCUGAGGCACCAAACCAGGCUCCUGAAGUGAAAAGUCCAUGGCUGAUGCAAACAACACAACUGCAAAUCCAAACCAAACAUGAAACUCAACUCAAGGCAUCUCGCGACGUUGCGAUGGCAACAGCUGCCAAAGCAAAACUACUUCUUCGGGAGCUAAAAACAAUUAAAGCAGAUUUUGCUUUUGCAAAGGAACGAUGUUCUCAACUUGAAGAAGAAAAUAAACUACUUCGAGAGAAUCGCGAGAAGGGAGACAACCGUGCGGAUGAUGACUUGAUCCGCCUUCAAUUGGAGACACUUUUGGCUGAGAAGGCGCGAUUGGCGCAUGAGAAUUCAAUAUAUGCCCGUGAGAACCGCUUCCUAAGGGAAAUUGUUGAAUACCACCAACUCACCAUGCAGGAUGUUGUCUAUAUAGAUGAAGGCAUUGAAGAAGUUACAGAAGUUUACCCAGGAGUCUCCAAAAUGCUCUCCAUUUCCCCACCCUCACCUACAUCCCCACCUUCACCUUCUGAGGUUCCCCCAUCUGUAAGCCCACCAGUAAUGAAGGAAAGCUUUCCCGUGCCCAUGCCGCCGCAGGAAAAUAAGGAUGUUCUAGGAAGUAAGGUACCACAGAGUCUGAGUACCUCAGUUUCGGAGGAAGAUGAUACAAAAAGACCCUCUGAAUCUUCUUCCUGAAUAGAGUUUGCUUUUAUUCAUCAAAGAUUUAAUAUUUUGUUCUUUUUUUUCUUUUUUCUUCCAUUUUUCAUUUAUGGGAGAAAGAGGAGCAAUGAGGGGAGUUACGUACUUCCUGCAGUUGGUAUUAAUUGGUGUUUUUGUUUUUCUGAUGGAGAGUGGAUUGGUGUCUAGUGUUUUCUGUAACUCAGUACAGGUUAAGGUAUUUUCCAUGUCAUUCUCGUACUCCAAGCCAGCAAUAGCAAGCGCAAAUAAAGUCUGCCGUCAUUUCAGAGCAAGAAGCAGAACUUCUUUGGGAUGAUUUGUUAUGUUGUUUUGUUCUUUAUCAAAUUUCAUGACAGAAAUGGUGUAGCAACUCUUGCGUCUGUUAAUCAUAUUUGGGAUUUGCUGUUC